AUGUUCAUAUUGAAGGCAAUUUCGAAUGCCCUUGAUGCCCAGGCCAAUAAAGAGGAGAUUCGUGAGAGUGUUGACUAUUUCGGCAGAGUAUACCGUGGCAUAGUAAUCCUCUAGGAAGAUAUUAGAGAGUUGAAUCUGCCAAAACCCCCACUAUGCGACUUGCCUUCACACCAAUUCAAAGUCGAAGUGACCGGAGCCCAAUACCCCUCGUGGGGUUUGGCUGAAGGAUACGGGAAACAAGGGAGAGCGAACCCCAUGGUAGAGGAGCAGGGAGACCGUAUGAUGCGAGGAGGAUGGGGAGGGACAGCCGUCUCCGCUAAAGGAUGGUUGCGAGUGGUGUAG